CAGAGGUUCUGCCAGCAGUGUAGCAGGUUUCAUGUGACCUCUGAGUUCGAUGAUUCGAAGAGGAGCUGUAGGAGGAGAUUAGCAGGGCACAAUGAGAGGAGAAGAAAGAGUUCUCAUGAAUCUGUUGCACCCAGGAACUGCCCCCAAGAAAACAAGUCGACGACGGGUAGAUAUGCGUACAUACCAUCACCGACGGGACGUGCUCUCUCUCUUCUGUCAUCGAAGAACGAUUCGUGGGCGACCUCAUCGGAGCUGUCGUUGAGAUCGAGCGCAGCGCUCCGGGAACUGAUAGCGGAGAAUCGCGCAGCCAUCCUCGCUCGGCAGCUCAUUCUGGACAGAGACUGGCAGUCAAACGGCCACACGGCGGCGGAUGAGUUUGGCGGUGGUGUGGCAUUCCAUCAGGCGGGGGCCGGGGGGCUGUACUGCGAGCAGCAGCAGCAACAGAGCUGGGAGAGGAUGCACGAACAUGGCGAUGGGCACGUGACGCUGGACCUGAUGCAGGCGCCGAGCACGGCGUUUGGGCUAUUAUCUGUGAGGGGAAAAUACAAGGAAGAAGAUGAAGAGUGUWGCGAGUUAUGGAAUUCCUUUCACGACUCUCAUGUUGUUUAACAACUGUUAUCAAAUAUAUAUAUAUAUAUUUUCCUCUCCAUGGAA